AUAAAACAGUACAAAUAUAAAACGUUACUUUCCCCACGUCAUUACGUACCAAAAUUGAAAUGUUUGCUUCACAACAGGAGUUGAACACUUUAUCCAUCUGUAGUUUGGUCCAAUCUACACUGGGAACAAAAAACAGUGUAAAAUGUGUAGUGGAUAACAACGUUAACCUGUUUAUAAGAGAAACCAGUAUGCUGUUAACAGCUUUGAAUGUUCAGGAUCCUAUAGGACAGUUUAUUAUAUCUGUUUGUCAGUCAUUUCACCAGCAACAUGGCUGUGGAGUGAAAACACUGCUUUAUAUGAUUGGAAUGUUUGUCAGAGUAUGCAGGAAUCUCAGAGAUAAGGGUGUACCUUCAGAUUACAUAGAUACAAAUUUGGAUGUGAUUUUAGACAAAUGUUGUAAUAAAGCCGAUGAAAUAAGAAUAGAUUUUUCUAAACCUACAUGUAAAAAAACCAAACAGAAAGAAACUAAUGAUAGACCAAACUGGUCUAGUGCUGGAGAGGUUGUAUCAGAAGAAGAAAAAUAUGAAAACUCAUUAAAUGGUAAAGGUCAUCAACUACUAAAAAGGAACCAAAGAGUAAAUUGUUAUACAAAAGGUGAAAGGAAUUUGAAAUCUGAGAAUUCACCAAUAACUGAAUCUGAUCAUAGUGAUCUAGACUGGUUAUUGGAUGAUGAUUUGUCUAGAGAAAUGUUAGGAAUUAAUAAAGACAAUAGGUUAGAUGUUCUUGGUUGUCGUCAACAACAGUCACAUUUUAAGGGGUCACAUGAUAAAAUGAGGCCAAAGAAUAAAACUGUUAAUGAUUGUGAAUCUGAUGAAGAAUUUGAUGACUGUUUUGACACUUUGUUGGAUAAUACAACUGCUGAUCAGGUUCAAGGUCCAAUAGUUCAAAGUUCAGGAGUUAAUCAUGAUUAUAAUUCACAUAGUGUUGAUUUAAAAAUAAAGUCACUUCAACCUACAGAGUCCAAACAAAGAACUGGUUUAAGUUCUGUGAAUAAACUUCUUCAAUCUCUAACAUCUUCAACAGGGAAACAAUUCAGUGCUUCUAAAAUUCUAAACAGUAGCAGACAUUAUAAAACUAUACAAUCAUCUGUUAGCCAAAUAGGUGACAUAUCCAAUGCAGGGGAGACAAGCCAUGUUAGUAAUGGAACAAUAAAAUCUACACAAGAGAUAACUUUAGAAAAGUAUGAGGAAAGGGAUAACAGAAGAAAAUUUAAAACACAUGUUUUGGAUGAUAAAUUUGUGGACAAUGAUAAAUGUACAGAAACAGAAACUGCAUUUUACUCCGGUUCUGAUGGUGGUUGUUGUUUGAAAAGUAAAACAUGUGUUCACAAGGAUGUUAUUCCAGAUAGUGUCCAGGAGAGCACAGAGGCUAGUUUUAUAUCAUUGGUCUUAGGACUUAGUCAUGGAUCUGAAGACAUGAUGACUAGUUUAAUAGGCAUCCUUGAUUUGAGUUCUCCACAGUUUGGGGAGGCUAAUAUAAAUUGUAUACAUAAUAUUUGUAUAGAAGGACCAUUAUCACAGACACCUAUAACAGUACCUGGUAUUGUUGUUAAAGCAAGAACAGAAUUUUUAGAUAUAGUUACAAAAUAUGACCAGACCUCAAUAAAGACUGUGAUAGUAAACGGAGAUAUAACAUAUAACUACAAACAUAUUGGUUACAAGAAAACACUAUCCACCAAACAAGUAUUGUCAGACAGAGUUACAGGAUCAGAAGAGAAUAUUGAAUGGUUGAACACUAUAGAAGACAUCCUAAAGCUGUAUUCCAUACGAUGUUUGAUUGUGAAAGGAUCAGUCUGCAAUGAAGUAAUAGAUCUGUGUCUCAAUAGAAACGUUAUUGUUCUUGAUGGUGUGAAUUACAGAACCUUACAAGGUCUGGCUAACCAGUUUGAUAUCUGUAUGGUGACAUACCUUACUGAUGUGACAGAGGCAAAUGUAUGCAGCCUACUAGUCACACAAUACUGUCAUGACUGGAUGCUGAAACCAUGUAAUCAUGUGAUUUUAAAAGCUGAUGUAAUGGUGAAUAAUUUGAAUACCAUAGUGUUAAGUCAUCCAAGUAAGAAUGGUUGUGAUUUACUAGAACAAGAAUUCGAGCAAUGUAUAAAUGUUUUGUCAUCUGCCCUAUCAUCAGGCUAUGUAUUGCCAGGAUAUGCCAAAACAGAGGAAAUCACUGCACAGUAUUUGACAGAAAUUGGACAAGAACAGUCCUCAGAUAUAUAUCUAUCUGUUGUGUGUGAAGAAGUAGCAGCUGGGUUCCAGGAAUUUGUAUGGACAGUCCAGCGUAAUGUUCAGGAUAUUCCAUCUCAGGAAAAAAUAAUUGUUGAUGAUUAUAAAACUAAACUGUCUGCCUGGAAAACCUCAUUGAAUACUGCAAUGACAAUAUUUCAUACAGAUUCCUAUAUAAUUAAUGAUCAUAAUCAAACAUUGUAAAACAGUCUCUGAUAGAAAAAGUAUUAAAGGUACUAAUUUC